CGGACAUACGUUGGUUAUAAAUGAAGCUCGAAGGCCAUAUCGUGCAUCAAUAAUUCCGCAUUGUCGUAUGUUGUUUUAAAGUAAUUUAAAUAAUAUCUGUAAGCCGUAACUUCUACUACAUAUAUACUCCAAGUUUAAUUAUAUGCGAUAAAACUCCUCAGUUUAAAAAUUUAUCUAACCCUAAGUGCUCACAAAGGAUAGCAUGGCAGAUAAUGCGAGCGGAUCUUGUACAGAGCAGAAAGAAUCGUCUGGAGCGAUGACUCAGUUCUACGAGAAUUACAUACUCGUGGAUGUCGGUGCAAACCUAACAAAUAAAAAGUAUAGCCGUGACCUAGACAGCGUUAUUCAGAGGGCGAAGGAUGCAGGUGUGAAAAAAAUUAUGGUCACAGGAGCCAGCAUCAGAUCGAGUAAAGAAGCUCUACGACUGACCAGAAUAUACCCUGGCACGUUAUACUCAACUGCAGGUGUUCACCCUCAUGAUGCAAAAUCUUGGGAAGAUUCCGAGACUCUCCAGGAGCUUGAGAGUAUUGCUAGUAGUCCAGAAUGUGUAGCUAUUGGAGAAUGUGGGUUGGAUUACAAUCGUGACUUUUCUGAUCCUGAAACCCAAAGAAACGUAUUUCAUAAACAAGUUGAACUUGCUUGCCAACUAAAUAAACCUUUAAUAAUACAUGAACGAGCUGCUCAAACUGAUGUUUUGAAAGUCCUCAGCCAUUAUCCCAACCGGCUACCCCCGGUUCUGCUACAUUGUUUCACAGGAACUGCGGAAGAAGCACAACUGUAUUUAGAUCAAGGAUUUUACAUUGGAAUAACAGGAUACCUCUGCAAAGACAAAUCCGAUAGUGGGGUCCGUCAACUUUUGGAAGGUGGUCAAGCUCCUUUAGAUAGAAUCCUGGUAGAAACUGAUGCUCCAUUCAUGUAUCCUAAUACAAGAGCAAGCAAAUUACCUCCACAUGUCAAAGAUGCUUUGACGGAACGUUCCAUGACCUUUUUACAUAGAUAUUGCACUUUUCAACGCAAUGAACCAUGUGCUUUGCCAGCAAUAGUAGAAAUGGUGGCAGCUUUCAUGCGGAAAUCACCUGACGAAGUGGCUCUUGCUACUGCAUUUAAUGCCUUGAAACUGUUUGGGCUGAAUCAAUGAUGCCACCUCAUGCUGUCAUACUUUGCUGGGAUCUUGCAAGACAAAAAUGGUGCUACCCGGUGCUCCAGAAGAUUUCUAUAUAUCUGUAGGCAGCUUUUAUUACUGCGUCUAAGACACAGCCAAUCCUUUUCCUAUUAUAUUUAUUUAUGAAUUUUUAACAAUAGUUUGCCUUUUUUAACUGACCAAUGAAUUAGAGCGUUUGAGUUUGCCCAAAAAAGGUACUAUUACGAAUGAUGAUAUUAGGAAAUUAUUAACAUCGAGUUAUACAGAUCUCACUUUAUUACAAUGCUAAUAUCCUCUUCAGUUUGGCCGUUAUUUACAGACAAAUAGAUAGUUGUAUUUUACAAUGAAGAUGAUCGUGACACCUGGCUUGUACGCUUUUUAAAAAUAUGAAUUACUUCAUGCUAUUUGAAUUGUUUGACAUACUUGUCAACUAGCAAUUGAAUGACAAUUAUAUUUCCUGUUAAUAUAUUAUAUAUUUUGAUAUAAUAAACUGUUAUACAUCGACA